CUGAUUCCAUCCUUCUCUUUUCAUCUCACCCGCACAGGUCACAACAAGAAAGGCUUCCCCACCAACCCGAUGGGGGAGAUCCCGUCCUAUUCGCCUCCGUCGCGAACCUUCUUCACGCCACCACUGCCUCGCAACUACACCAAUCCGUUUGCCGACAAGCCGACCCUCCGUGGAACGAACAGCGACAGCACCGUCAUCAGUACCGGAAGCUACGUGAACCGGCGGCCACUGCCUCCGCCCAGUUUGAUGCCCGGCCACGAGCGGAUCCCGAUCCGGCCGGAUCUGAACGGGUCGGUGAAUCCUCAGAAGCCACCACUGCCACAGGAACCGGUGGGAGUCAACGUCGGAGGUGGGCCGCCGUCCAGCUCGUCGCAGUCGAUCGAUGCCCAGCGGAAGAAGGCCUUGAACACGCCGUCGGAGAAAAGCAACAAGCUGGACUCGGCCAAGGGCUACGGCGUGGACAGUAAAUUUAUGUUGGACGGGAGUGCGAACUCGAGUGCCAUCCUGCCCAAUGGGAUGCACUUUCCGUCGAUUUCGCGGAUAUUGAGCGGUUCCAAUGGGCGGACGCAGACCAUACCGGAUGUGUUGCUGAGGUCGGUGACGUCGGCGCCGAGGCCGAAUCAACCGACGUUCGAUCUGAUCCCACCGGUGACUUCGCUGAGUAAUUCGAAAAGUUUGAAUAAGGGAAACGAUAACCGGGGGGAUAGGGGGGAAGGAGUGGAUGAUGAUGGAGGAGAUUUUGACGGAGGUGGCGGCGAUCAGGACGAUGAGGAUGACGAGGAAGAUGAGGACGAGGUAGUCGAGGGGAAAGAAGGGAGUGCGUACUCUACGCAAGCGCAGAGUGUCCAGACUAGCACGGUGAGUUCGUUGGUGCAUUUGUCGUCCUCGUCGUCCCCGAUCACGCAGAAGAUGCCGAAUCUGAAUCUGAAGUCGGUGAUGAUCAAGGCCAAUACCAGCGGUGAAGACGGUCAAUUGGGGAACGGGUACGGGAACGAUAGGAACUUUCCUAGCAAUAUAGAAGACGUUAGUACGUGGACGAUCGCGUUGAACAUCCACGUGUACUUGUCGGCGAUCCUGUUCACGAUCUUGGCCGUGUAUUCGAUAUUUAAGAUCAUAUUCUACGAUAAGUUGACGCACCUCUUCUCGCAAUCGUAUUUUAUCAGUAUUCACUUGAUCUUGAUCAUAAUCUGCCUGUUGCGAAUAUUUUACCUAUGCUAUGACGCUUACAACAUACAUUCUAGUUUUAACCUUUUUACGUCGGAGCUAUUGCUGAAUUUGCCGCUGACCUUCCUGACGACGACGUUUGCCAUCUUGAUUCUGUUUCUGUUGUUGCGAUCGAUAAAUCAUAAAACGAACCGGUACAGCUCGAUCCUGCGCCCGUUGACGAUCAUGAUCGGGUCCGGAGUUCACGUGGGCUUGUGCAUAACUCUGCAUCUGGUGGAGUCGUACGAGACGCAGCAGUUCUACCACAAGCAAGCGCAGCUGAUAGCCAGUAACCGAGGGGGUCAGAGCGGCCACGGCCCCACCAAUAUCCAGAUCCCGCCGCGAGUGUUGUCGCUGAUCUGUCAAAUCAUCUACAUAUUCAUCUGUUUGUCGUUGGGGAUUCUGUAUUUGUACAUGUACCGGUUGUUGAAGCGGAUUCUGCACAAGAGCCAGAACUACAUCCACGGUUACAAUAAUUUGUCGUACGCCAUUCAUAUAACGAUCGCGACGGCGCUGCUGUUCAUCCUGCUAGCGGCGCUGCAGAUCUACGGUGCCAUUAGUAUUAGCUCGCAAACCAGGGUGAAACUUUCGCCGGCCAAUAAUCCGAACGAUCACUCGGCCCGGAAGACGUUCUUGGCGUCGCACAUGGACAACGAUUGGUUCCAGUGGGGCUACCAGUUCAGCUUGAGGUUCAUCGAGAUCGUGAUCAUUGCGCUGCUGUCGUGGGUUACCGGGUUGAAGACGGGAACUUCGAAGGUUAUCCAGAGGGAGAAGGACAUGGAGCAACCGAACGCCAGUGGGUUCGCCCUGUUUCCGUGUACGUCUUCGUCGAGCCAGGAGAACUUUGAGACUGACUAUCCGGCGGUUUGUAACGCCAAUACCAACCUGCAUACGUAUACCUUGCGAACGGGGAAGCCGAUCUACGACGAUAACUUCGCGCUGAACUCGUUGAACCUGGAGCAGAACAGCAAUCAAGAUCUGCAGCUGGGUCCCGGUGGAGGGGACUUCCAGCGGUCGCUCGAGACGAACAGCAUGCGAUCGAGCUCGCACAACUACAGCAACAACUACAACGGAAGCCAGCAGGCCGAGCAGCAUGAUGACUUCAUGAACGACUCCGAACAGAUGCCGGAUCACUACGAGAACCCGAACUUCGAACUUAAGCAUCAUCACCGGGGGGAACCUCGGGAUGGGCCGCAGUACCACGACAUCAUGGACAACUGCUACUCGGAACCGAUCAACGCUCCACCGUACGACACCAAGAGCUUGCGAGGUGCUCCGGGAGGUCCUCCGGUUCACAUACCGCAAGGUUCGCGAAACUACGACUUCCAGAACUUUGAGCGACCCUCGUUCGAUCAAGCGGCAUCCUCGCAGUCAAUUUCCCGUGGCGAGUUCCGGGCGUCCAAGAACCUCAAAACGCUGAAAAGCGGUCAGGCCAACUACGACGGGGCCAAUACGGUAGGUCACCAUCACUACAACCACUUCAACAACUACAACGACUCCUUCGAGAGGAGAAUCGGCGUGCGGAAGAGCGGAACGCUGAACAACAUCGGCGGAAUGCACUUCAACCAGCACGUCGGAGGAAGUGGGCGUAACAACAACAAUUCGACCUCGUCAGCUUCGUCUUCGGCUUCGUCCAACAAUCGUGGUGCAAUACAACAACAACAGCAGCAACAACAACAGGUCGUUCAGGGACGACCCCCACGGGGGAUCGGUCCGGAGCGACAUCUCAACGGUGCUCAAACCUUAAGUACGGCUGGACGAGGCGGUCCGGAUCAUCACCACCACCACCAUCAUCACCCGCAGGCAGCUCCGAGGAAUCUCCCUGGAGGAGAACUCGUCCAUCCGGGAAGCUUCAACGAUCGACUGGUGAACGGUGGAGGAUUCGUCACGGGCGCUGACUUGUCUUCACAGGACAACAUCAACAACUUUGACGACAACAGCAGUUCGGCCAGCUACUACCACAGCAAGAAGCGCUCGCGGGAGUCGUCCAGCUCGAGCUACACGGGCUUCAACAACAACGGCAGUGAUCACGGGCCGCCGAACCAGGACCCGGGCAGCUCGUCGCCGACGGUGUCCGGCUCGAACGUUCCGAUCAACGGUUUGGGGGGAAGCAGCUCGGGCGGUUCCUCGAGCGGAGUUUUGCCUGGUAAGAUGGGACCUGCUGUGGCGGCGUCGGCGCCCGGAGCAGGUGGCGAAGGCGGUGAUAGCUCGACGAUGCUCGUCGCCGAGCAAGGUUUCGUGCGGUUUCGGGCGCUGGAAGACCCCACGCUCGGCUCGCGAACCAACAUUAGGGAUAAGAACAAGCUAUUUAUGAAUUCUUAGAGUUUAACCAGUCGGCAGCAACUGUAACUGUAAUAAAGUGGCAGCGAUUUUUGCAUUUCAAACACACAGGCAUAGAGAUUCUUUCUUUUCGUGAGCGUAGAAGAGGUGAUCGUCGAUUCCCGCCCUGUCCAUUGAUUGGCUGACGCGAUGCCUCAUUUAUUGUUAUUGUCAAGCAAAGGGGCGUGUCCGCCCCUUUGAUAAUAACGUUGAAUGAAGCACGGUGGAUCCAGUCAAAAAAGAAGAACGAAAUGUUGUGUCUCGUUGUAAAUAGUUAGCGCGAAAAUGAAUAAAAAAGGAAACAAUUCAAGUCAAGUGAUCGAUUUAUUACACACUAAAGUAAAUUAAACCGAAAGAAAGCUACGAUUCUUUUUUAGUCACGUAAGGACCUCCCAUUCGGUGGAGGAAGUUGUGUAUAAAGUUAGGCAACAGCAGCGGCAGCAGAUUAAGGCACAUUCUUUCGAACAAAUAGAAAAGAAAAAAUCGUCGUCGGCCUACCCUUCGUUGUAAAUUAUCGUUCUUUUCCCAAGUCUCUUUCGAAACUCCUUCAUUGCUUAAGACACGAAUAAAAAAAGAAAGAAAAUCAUUCGCUCUAAUGUAUAGUAAACUCUCUAUUUCUCACACCUUCUCGUUCAGAAGAAAUAAAUUUCCUAUCUCGAUUAAUCGCCAACAGAAACGAAACGAAGUAAAAAAAAACAAAACGCAUUCCUUUCUCCCCGGUUUCCACGGCGCAAGAUUUCCCCCUUUCGAUCGAACAGAUCGGGCGCGAAGAAAAAAAAAAAGUGUAAAACAAAUUGCAACAUUGAAUCGCAUCGCAUCGCCGAGACGCGACAAACAAACCCGUUGUUCCACCCGCCGCCCGCCUUCCUCGCCUCCCCGCGCAACUACAUAGAGAUGAGUGCAAUUAAUUAGUGAGAGAAAUGUUGCAAUUUGCCCCCGAGCUAUAGAAAAAAGAAAAAAACAAAAGAAAAUGUAAUAAAGAAAAAAAAAACACAUAAAAAUGGAACACAGCAACCAAUUGUGAUGAUUUAAUCCGUCGUUUAUCUUUGAAACUGACACACACACACACAAACCGAUGCAUAUGUUACAUACUGUCACACACACGCAUACACAAACACCCACAUACAGACCCGAGCGAGAAGAAGAAGAACCACCACAAUAGCUGAUCGUUUAGUCGUUUCGUCGUCAAAAUCGUUGUAAAAGUCGCGGCGGAACAAGAUAACGCAUGUAUGUAUAUGUUUUAAAUGGGAAUAUUUUAAAUGUCUGCUAUAUUUACAAACCAAAAAAAAAUGGGAUCACCUGCAAUUAGUGUGGUAACGACUAGCUUACAAAUACGUACGAUGCAACACAACACAACAUCCGUUUAUCUGGUCCGAAUAGGUGUUGUUACAUAUCGAAUUUAGUUGGUUUUAGUUGGGUUUUAAUUAUUCCGAUGGUUCUUAGGUAUUUGUUUUGUAAGUUGCAUUUCAAAUGAAAUAACAUUUCUUAAACAUUAUGGUGAGUUGAAAAUCAAAAUGUUAUGAUUAAAAUAACUGUUAGUUUCAAAUUUGGGAAUCCAUGAACAUUUCAAAAUUGCCGAAUCUCUAAACAAAAUGCCCUGGAGAAAGUACCAAAAGUGUGCCGAAACGUCAAUGGAGUUAAAAUGCAAGCAAAAGCGUUCAAACAAAGUCCAAAGUAUUACAGUUUGAGUAUUAAAGAUCAUGUUUUAUUCUGAUGUUUUUAUGCUAAAAGGUAGCAAUCCCCAUUUUUGGUAGUAAAUACUACUUGUGGAACAUGGUCGUAUGCAUGAAAAUGAACUACACUACAACUUUCGACCUUACUACAAACAAAGCAUUUCGCAGGCGUAAAUAGUGGUACCGAUGGAUAUUAGUAAACUCCAGAAAAAAGAUGUGAUCUCAAGAACUCUUUAAGGAAUCCUUCAGAGAUUUGGUUCAAAAUUUGCUUGUAACUCUUUCAAGGACUUGCUCCGGUAGUCCUCUGAGGAUUUGAAACUAUUAUUUUUUCAGGAUUAUUUUUUAACCCCAGAGUAUUUUUUUUUUGUUCCCAGCGUUCCUUCCGCGAUUGUUCCGGGAUUCCAGUGGUUUCCAGAUUUGCUUCUCGAGUUUCUCGUUGGAUUUCUUCCCGAGAUUUCUGUUCGUGAUUUUCCGGGAUAGUUUUCCAACAGUUUUUCCGGGAUUUUUGCAAGAUUUCUGUAGAAGUUCUUCUUGGAUUUUAAUCGAGAGAAUUUUUCGUUGUUCCUCUCUUAGGGUUGAAGAGUUGCUCUCUGAGCUUCUCUAAUAUACCGUCCUGAGAUUAUUCCCAGAACUUAAUUCCAAGAUGUUCUCUUUUUCUCAGAAUUUCUUUCGAAGUUUGAUAACCAAUUACUCUUGUGGAGGUUUUGAGAACCAUCAUAAAACCCUUAUAUUUUUUAUUUUGGUUUUAUGAUGGCUCUAAGAACCUCUUCCAAUCUAUUUGACUAAACAUUGUUACCUGGGUUUCGAGGUUUCUCCAAUUUCUCACAAGGAAUUUCGUAGGUUAUUCUAGGAGAAAUAAAAAAAAACUGGAUUAAUUUCUGCAAGUACUCCGAGAGCAACUUUUAAAGAAGUCUCAAAAAGAGCACCAAAAAUCUAGGAAUAAGCCCAUGAAAAUCUCUACAAAAUAAAGUCAGGAGGAACACUGCAUCAAACCCUGUAAACGAAUGCUGGGUAAUUGCGGAAAAAGUCUUUGAGGAAAAACUAUGAAAAACAUCAUGAGAAAACCCAAAAAGAAAGAAGCACUGGAAAAAGUCAUGGGAGAAAGUUCAGGAUAAAUUUAGAAAAACUUUGAGAGACAUCUCUGGAGAAACACCGGAAGGAAUCUUCUUUGAAAAACUCCGAGUGUAAUCUUAGGAGAAACUUAAAGACAAACCUGCGAAAAAAUCCUCUAAAGAUUCACGGGAGAAACUAUCACGGAAAUAUCACGAAUAAAUUGCAGAAGAAACUUUGGAAGGAAUCUCGGAAGGAACUUCUGCGAAUUUUUUUUUUAAUUCCUGGAGAAAUCUUUGAAGGAGCUCUAGUAGAAAUCCCAGGAGCAACUUCUAUAGGAACUUUGUGUGAAAUCCUGGGAAGAUUUCUUGUGCUAAUCCAGAAGAAAUAGCGUUAAAUUAUUUGGGAGGAAUCCCGUAAUCGGUCGGAAUUCAGGAAUAAAAUCUCAAGGAAGAAUUUCGGAUAGAAUUGUUCGAAUCUUGGAAAAAUGCCGGCAAGAACCCGUAAGAACCUCCGAGAGAAAUUAAAGAGGGAAUACUAAGAGAAGCGCCGUGAGUAUACUGAAAAGAAUCUGUGAGAAAUCCUAGAAUUUUGUUAACGAGAUUUUUAACUAGAGGCUAGCUUAUCUCGAGUAUACUGGAUGGUUUUCAUUAGCUAUUUUUAAAGAAGUGAACCGUAAAGAAUUCGUGGAGGAAUUUUUAAAUUGUCAGUAGUCCAAAAGCCACUGCUUCAACUGGAAUUGUUACGAGAUUUUUUUAAAGAAUUUCACCGAGAACACCUUCAGGUAUUUUUCCAAAAGCUACCCGAUUUUUUUUUCAAAUUCCUGCGAGAUUUUUCCAAGGAACUUGUGCAUAUGAAAUGUUUCGAAAUUUUCGAAAAAAAAUCUUUCAGAAUUUUCUUAUAUAAUGCUACCUGCAAGAGGAAAACCCUACAAAUUUGUACAAGGUUUGCUCACAGAAAUGCCCACCCGGCGAAUCAUUCAAAUAUUUGUUCUUAGAGUUGCUCUGAGGAUGUUCCAGGAGUUUCUCAAGAUAUUUCUAAAAAAAUCGUCUAAAAGUUACUUUCAAAAUUGCAGCGAAAGUUUGCUGGUUAAUUUCUCAAAAAAAAAAACAAAAACCUUCAACCCUUCUAGGCAAUAUGUUAGGCUUUUGGGACCACAAUAGUGUAGUGCACAUUCAGUGUGCUUGUCUGGACUCAAACAUCUUGUAAGGGUUAAAGAGAUUUCAUAUUUUUUACUAAGGACUCUCUCAGAAACACCUGGUAACCUCCUUCAUGAACAUAUUCGAGCAACCCUACAGAAAUGUCUUCAUCUUUCACUUUUUUUUUUCAGAGAUUCCUCUAAUAGUUUCUCCUUCAGGAGUUUGCCAGAGGAAUCCUCCAGAGAUUCUUGUUGGGAAUCAUUAAAAAAAAACUACGAGAGUUCUCUCGAAGAAGCCUGCAGAUAUUACUUCAAAGAUUCUUCUAAAGAUUCAUCCAAAAAUCCCUCCAAAGAUUCCUCUACAAAGUUUUCCAGUUCCUUCGAGGACAAACAAUUUUAAAUUUAUAGAAGUUCAUCAAAAGUUUCCAUCAAUACAUUCUGCGAAGAUCAUGUAUUCUGUAUCCUGUAAACGUAUAGAGUUUCUAUAGAAAUAGUUCCGAAGAUUCCUCUUAUAGUUUUGGCGAGGAUUUCUUCAAAAUUAUGUGAUCAUUCCCCCAGAAGUUCAUCCAGAACAUCCUCCAGCGAUUUCUCCAGCUAUUGUCCUGAAGAGUCCUCCCAAGGAUUCUCCAAGAAAUGCAUCUGAAAUUUCUCAGAUGAAUCAAUUCGCUAGAUGAUUCUCCCAGAAUGUUCCUCAAGAAUUCGUCCAGAGUAUUUCUUCUGUAAUUUGUAAGAACUUGCUCAGAAAUUUCUCUGAGAUUUGCAGAUCCUUAUCUAGGUAUUUCUUAGAUGGUUGUUCCUGAAAUUUAUCCAAAAUUUCUCCUCACAAUAAAUCCGACGAUUCCCCUGGAAUUUUUUUUUUUGAAAAUUAUUCCGGGGGUUUCUUUAACAUUUCCUCUGAAGAUUUUCUCAAAAUAUUUGGAAAUACAAAUAUGCCUUUACAAACUCUUCCAAGGUUUUCGAGAUUUUUCUUCCUUUGAAUGUUCUCCGAGAAUCCCCCUUACUUAUCUCUAAUCGUAAAUCGUCCUCCACCCAGGAUCCCCCUUGGCGAACAAUGCAGUUUCUCAACAAUAUUUCGGAAAUCAACCUUUUAGGGUAAAACUUCAAAUAAAAAUUUCUGUAGAAAUCUCCCCAGAUGCGAACUGCAAUUUCUGGAGGAGUGUUCAAUAAAAUUCCUGGGGGAUUUAAGGCAAAAAAAUUGAAGAAAUAUUCCAUUUUUUAAGAAUGCCAAGAAAUAGAAUUUUUGGAAACUUCUGAAAAAAUCCAAUGGAAAAAUUGAAAGAUUUUUUAAUUUUUUUUGUUUGAGCAUAAAAUGUGAAGGAUUUUAUCUGAAAAAUGCCAGGAUAUGUUACGUCCGGCUUUCAAACGGCAAUGUAUUGGCGAUAUUGACCGCCUUUUGUUCAUAGAAUUUCGUUUAUGGAAAUUCUGCUAGAAUGAUCAUUGAAACAUUUUUUUCAAUUUCAAUUCCAAAAAUUACAAACCAAAUUCCGUUGUUUUUUUUUUUUCAUAAUACGACCAAACAUAUUGUUUUGAACGCAGCAGUGCUAUCCCCAAAUUGAAAACCGAUAAAAAAAUAAUGAACUUGAAAUCAAUAAAGUGGAAAACGUUGACGUUUCAGAUCGAUAUUCACGUUACCAAAAAUUUACCCAAGAUAUGAGUUUGAAGCUAAAAGUGGGACGCAAGAUCAAAAAUUAAUUUAAAAACAUAAAAAAAUAGUGAAUGUAUUAUUGGACCAUGUUUUUUUGUGGUUUAAACCAAGCGUCUAUACAAGGCUCUAGAACCCCAAGAAAACUACUCGGUGUCUUUUGAUCAGCUGGACAUAACUGGUUGAUACCGAUAUCUAAGAUUCUACAAGUAAGUUUUAAAUGCCAGCUUAAGUAUUUGCAACCUGAACAGUGUAGUGCUGGAGUGAGCAUAUUUUGAAUUGCUUUAAGAAGUUUGAACAGGUUGCUACGUGUGUCAAUUGUUUAUUUUACACAGGAUCCUAAUGUAGAUUAGAAACUCCUAGACCAAAUUCAAGCUAUGUAAGCAACCAACGCUGCGAACAAAUAGGCAAUCUGCCAGAAGAAAUACGAUUACAGGAUUGACUGAUGGACCAAGAACAAUAAUGAAACCACGUCAUCCUGGGAUUGGACUAUACGUUAUCUAUUGAGAUAACUGGGCAAAUUUUAUGUUAUGUGCUGCAUGUUUGUGUUUUGUGCAUUUGUAAUGUUCCAUUUGCACAUUGAGGAUGGAAAGCUACACCCAGGCCCCAUCCAUUUGGUUCCCUGUGCAAUGUUGACUGUUCUGGUCAGUAACGGAGUAGCAACUACGAAUUGUACGAUCAUCUCAUGCUCAUGCGAUGAUCAUGUGCAUUUGUAAUGUUCCAUUUUAGUUUUCAUAUUUAAAGGCCCAAGUGAACCCGAU